AUGCUUUUUUCUUUGGUCACUGAAAAAGGGAGCUUCUACAGAGAUUUUCUUGAUGAUGACACUGCAUUCUGCAUUGGAUGCCAGUUUCAACCUUGCUUGUUCCUAAUUCCCUUGAGGGCUGCCCAACAAAAUCAUUGCGGGGAUGCAACCAUGGCAACACCCGGCUCGAGGCCGCUUGAGCAGCUUAGUUUUGACUGGGUAAGCGGUAGGAAGGGUAAAAAUGAUGAAAAGAAGGGCAAAGACCCCAAGCCCUGGAAGUCUCAAGGUCCAAGCACCAAGAUAAGAAAAGUCGGUCGCAUUUCUUUCGAUGAACGGUUCCAGUCCGCGUUACUGGAGUCUUCGGACAUCGUCAGGAAAGAGCUUGAGCAGACAAAGCUAGAACUCGCCCAUUGGGAUAAGUUUUUUGCCUCAAUCGUUCAUGCUUGCAAAAGCUCUCUUAUUGAUGACGGCGAUGAAGCCCAUUUCGGACAGAGGUUUACGUUAAGGCGGACGUUCGGGAAGAUGGGGCGAGAAGGAAUUGUCGAUUAUCUGAGAAGGCAAUACCGGAAUCACAAACUUGACACUGCAUUCUCCUCUACUGCCGCCAAGUCAGACUCGCUAGCGGAUUUCAGGUAUCCAGCUGAGUGGUACCCGGUUGCCCGGAGCAUGCAGCGGAAGAUUCACUUGCAUGUAGGACCUACCAAUUCGGGAAAGACGUACCAUGCUUUGCAACGAUUAGAGAAAGCAAAGAGCGGCUUCUACGGUGGCCCACUACGUCUAUUAGCGCAUGAAAUCUACAGUCGACUCAAUAAGAAGGGGAUUUCAUGUGCCCUUAUCACGGGUGAUGAGGUCAGAGUACCAGAUAGUGGUCCCGUUAAAGUUUAUAGUAACACGGUUGAAAUGGUACCUAUUGGCCAGGAGGUAGAAGUUGGGGUGAUUGACGAAAUCCAGAUGAUAGCCGAUCCGCAUCGAGGAUGGGCCUGGACAAGAGCUGUCCUGGGGUGCCAAGCCCAGGAACUACAUCUCUGCGGCGAAGAGAGGGCUGUCCCCCUUAUUCAACGCCUUGUCUCACUGAUGGGCGAUACCCUUGAGAUCCAUAAUUAUAAACGACUGAAUCCCCUGAAGACAAUGGCAUCAAGUUUGAAGGGUGAUAUCAGACGACUAGAAAAGGGGGAUUGCAUUGUUGCCUUCUCUCGGGUUGGGAUUCAUUCCUUGAAGCAGGAAAUUGAAAAAGCUACGGGCCGGAGAGCGGCAAUCGUCUAUGGGAGCUUGCCGGCAGAGAUUCGCGCCCAACAAGCUGAUUUAUUUAAUGACCCUAAUAACGAUUACGACUUCCUUGUUGCGAGUGACGCUAUUGGCAUGGGUUUGAACCUUGCUGCUCAAUCGUCCGGCUCCGCAAAUGGCAAUGAAAAGGAGAAUGUUGGCCUUGUUACCUGCCUUGAUGAGGCAGAUCUUCCCUAUAUUCGAGCAGCCAUGAUGGCUGAGGCAGAACCUCUCGAUGCUGCUGGAAUUCUUCCGUUAGAUUCCGUGAUUGACAAUUACUCUAAUAUGUUCCCCCCGGACACUCCAUUUGGCUACAUUUACCAGCGCUUAGAACGUGUGUCUCGCACAGAUCCACCAUUUUUUAUGUGCAAGAUCCAAGACACCGAGGCGACGUUUGGCCUCCUUGAUAAUAUCCAGGGUCUUAACGUGAUCGAUAAAAUGGUUUUUAUGAGCGCUCCUUUACGGGCUACUGACCCAGUAAUGGCACGAGUUAUCAAAGCAUUUGCGGAAUGUGUCGGUCAGCAGAAGAGUGGCAGGUUACUCGAUAUUCCUGAAUUGGACCUUGAGAUACUGGAUAGGCCUGUCUCAGGCGAUGAUAAGGAAUACCUCCGGUCUCUCGAAGCGCUUCAUCGCUCCCUCAUUCUUUAUCUCUGGCUUGGUUACAGGUUCGGUGGUGUAUUCACAGACCGGACGCUGGCUACUCAUGCUAAAGAGAUGGCGGAAGUGAAAAUGGAUCGUACUCUCACUGAAUUCUCGGCGAAUUCAAAACUCCGAAAACAAGCACUCCGAAAGAAACGAAUUAAAGGGGCUAAAGACAAAUUCCUAGCUAGCCCCGAACCGACAGACGCCAUGGGCACAAUUCCCGAUAUUCCAGAACUUGAGACCACUCUUCCUGAUGAGGACGAGAUAGAAUUUGAAAACCCUAACUCCGCUCUAGCAACUUUACCACUCCUCGUUCUUGGCAUAUAUUAUCAUACCCACAAGCUCUGGCAGCUUGAUGAACCAGUUCUGAUACCCAUUUCCAUCCCCAAUGCUACCACACCUUCCAUCGUCGAUUAA